UGGCUCUGGAAAGAUCCGAAGAAGAAGCCCGUAGAAGGCGGGAAUAUGAACAAGAGGAUAAGGCAUUUCAGGAGUCUAUUGAAAGAAGCAUUGCAGUACACGAGGCCGAGCUCCGGAAGAUAGCGGAAGAACGUGCACGUCUAGAACGACUUGUCAGGGAAGAAGAAGAAGCUCGAGUCAGGAAAGCCAAGGAGGAGGAAGAAGCCAGGGCUCGCGCUACUGCUGAAAAGGCCAAGAAAGAGGCAGAGAAUGCUGCAGCUGAGAGAAAGCGUGUUGAAGAGGAAGCGGAGAAACAGAAGGCAGUGGAGGAGAAGGCGCGCAAAGAGGAGGAGGCUAAGGCGGAAGCAGCAAGCACUUCAUUUCGUCCCAUGACUGCAUCACGAGAAUUGCAGGAAUGCCGGAAAUUGAUAAAGUCAAAUCAGCGAAGCUCCACCCCGACAUCACGCCUAACGCCGACUGGAAAAAAGAACUUGCGAAAUUGAGAAGACAAAUUAUCCCAAAGAUCGGCCAAGUCACAAACGUUCGAAUCGAGAUUCAGCGAAUUACGGCUCAACUACAUGGGUUGCUCUCACCUACUCCCGGCCAUCCAGAGCCAUUGUACAUCGCUCUUCUUUAUGUGCUUUCGAAAGCUUUCCUUAAGCAGGCAGAGGAAGAGGUCACCGCCAAACCGGACACCGCCUUCCCGCUGGCGCAUGUAUUCGUUGGCCUGCUGGAAAAGGGGCAUUUCCAACUAGGGAAUGUCUUCAUGGCGAAACUGGUCCAAAUGUCCAGCCAUUGGGUAGUUGGCGCCGUAAUAACUCGUGAAUCAGGACAAUCAGAUGAAGACUAUCGUAUUGCACUUGGUCGGCGACCUGAAUCAUCGGGCGAAACAACGGUCCAAUAUAUAGAACGUCUGGGCGGAUUGGUUACACUGUACGCGGCAAUCCUCCAGACUCCAUAUCAGUCGAAUCUUCCAGCGGAGCAACUACAUCAGAUUCCUACUUAUGUCCGUCUGCCUCGUUUGUGGACUUGGAUCAUCAGGCUUGUGAAUCACCCUGGGCUGAUGGCCGACCGUGCGGCUCCCGUCAUCUUAUCUUGCAUAUUGGAAGCAACGGGCGAGGUCGCCUCGGCAAUGUGGCCUAGACAGAUGGCUAAACUACGGUCCGUCUUGCUUCAAAAAGCCUCCGAACCGGAGCAGCCUGGAAGUAGCCUUAUUGGGGGGCCAGAAGGGAAAGCUGGUAGGGUACGAUUGAAAUUGCUAAUGGAGAAAUGGGAGAAGGAUGGAUUGAGGCGAUGGGAACCAAUGAGGUGAUGAGGAUGAUGGGUGCCCAGGGGUGUAGAAAGUUGGUACCAUUACGACAC